GGCGGUGAGACGAGAAUCAUAUCUGCUGGAUCCGAUGUUGAGAGUGGGCGAAUAGGCAUUACUGACGGGCGCUAAAUCCCAAGCAAGCUCGGUAACCUGUUGCUAGCGGAGUUCAUACAAGCUUUGCAACUUUUUCUUCGCUUGGAUUCGGCAAAGAAAGACCAAACAAUGCUAAGAGGGGUUUGAUUGACAGCUUGUGUGCAUACUCAGGAACAUUGAAGAUGGAAUCAUACUUUUAAAUUUUAUCUGAGGAAACCGUAACAAAAACAAACCAAAAAAGGAUAUAGCAAUCUAUUCAAUGCGUGUCAUGACUUGCCGGUGUGUUUUCUUAUUUCUUUUUAAAUGUUUUAGUAGUGACAUGUGCAGUUAGCCACUGAAUUUAUUACAUUGUCGCUAUAAAUUUAGCAACAGAGCGUGUUUGUUAGAUUGGCUACACAUGGUUGUAAACUGUGAUAGGGUGAAACCUGGAUGCGGUGCGCACUUCACCGGGAAACGACCGCGCGACUCCGGGCAGAUUAAUUGGGUUUAUUUAAGGAACUACCCGUCAUACCGCACCUGGAGAGAACUCAUUCACCCAUGUAUGUGAAACAGACGUGAAAUGGUUUUCACUUUUUCCCCGAGUUGGGAAGGGAUAACUUAGACACAUUGCGCUCACAAUGAAACUGUUGAACUUGUUUUGUGUAAUUGCCGGGUUGUGGAGAACGCUUUCAGCCGGCAGAAGCUGUCCGGAUCUCAUUAUUGACGGCUGUCGCUGUACUUCAGAAAGACACAUGGAGCUAAGCAGACAAACAGUCCGGGUGAAAGUUGUGUGUAGCGGAGCGGAGUUAAUGGACACCUUCCAUGCCAGUUUUCUUCCGAAUACCACGGUUUCGCUGGUCCUCGGCCAUAACAAGAUCUCCUUGCUGAAAAACGGCUCCUUCUUGGGUCUUUCAUACCUGGAGAGACUAGAUCUGAAGAAUAAUCUAAUUAGUACCAUUGAGCCCGGUGCAUUCCAUGGACUGGCAGCACUGCGGAGACUGGAUCUCUCCAAUAACAGGAUUGGCUGCCUUUCUCCUGAAAUGUUUGUGGACCUCAGCAAUCUCUCCAAAUUGAAUUUAUCAGGGAACAUCUUCUCAUCUCUGCCAGAGGGCCUGUUCACCCACCUUCUGUCCCUCCAAGUACUGUACUUCAGCUCGGAGUCUCUGUACUGUGACUGUCACCUGCAGUGGCUCCUCCUGUGGGCGCGGGCCAACUCUGUACGCAUUGGGAACGGGACGCCCUGCGCGUACCCCACCCACCUGCACGGCCUGGAGUUCCGCAGCCUCAGGGAGCAUCAGCUCAAAUGCGUGGGACCCCUGGAGCUGCCUCUGUUCCAGCUCAUCCCGUCCCAGAGGCAGGUGGUGUUUCGAGGGGACCGGUUGCCGCUGCAGUGCACGGCUUCAUACCUGGACCGGUCUGUCAAACUGCAGUGGAGCCACAAUGGCCGCCCUGCGAGUACACAGGAGCAGAGUGGCGUUCUUGUGGAGGACAGCAUCGUACACGACUGCUGCCAAGUCACCAGUGAACUCAUCCUGUCCAAUAUUGACAUUGGUUUGUCGGGCCACUGGACCUGUCUGGUGACAAGUUCCCGUGGAAAUGGCUCACGAAGCAUGGAGAUCGUUGUUCUGGAGACUUCUGCACCUUAUUGCCCAGCUGAGCGGGUUACCAACAACAAGGGGGACUUCAGGUGGCCCAGGACGUUAGCAGGGAUCCUGGCCUUCCUGCCCUGUCUACCUCACCCCUUUGGCUCCCCCCAACACUCCUCUGCCCCGCGGGAGAAGAAAGCGUGGCGGAGAUGUGACCGGGCGGGGCGCUGGGCGGAGGAGGACUACACCCAGUGUGCCUACGCCAACGAGUUCACCCGCGUCCUCUACCAGCUCAGUCAGAUGGCGAUCAACACCACCAAUGCACAGGCGCUAGCGCAGCAGCUCUCCGCCUUCACCACCAGGGCGGCGCUCUUUGACGAUAAGAUGGACGUCAUCUUUGUGACUCAUAUCAUGGAGAGACUCAUGCGCUUUGUGGACCGAAUACAAGAUCUGGGGGACUACGUGUCGGACAUCGCCAGCAACAUGAUGCAGGUGGAGGAGCACGUGCUGUGGAUGGCGCAGAACGAGGCCAGGGCCUGCACACGCAUGGUGCAGUGUGUGGAGCGCAUCGCAGACCUGGCCCUCACCAGCCACACUCAGGUCAUAUCCAAGGUUUCGCCCAACAUCGCUCUGGAGGCUUUUAUGAUAAAGCCGUCCAGUUUCACCGGACUGUCCUGCACGGCAGUCCAAAGGGCGCCCCUCACCCCUGAGGGGGACCCAGUGCGCCCCGGGGAACCGGAGAAACCCGUGGGCUCCCUGCUGAAUUUCAAAUGCAGUAUGGCUAACACCAGUGCAUCACUGUUGGGCCAGCCUGGCAAGAACGCAGUGGCAGUCGCUUCUAUCCAAUUACCGCUGGCUGGUUCGCCUAGCUCCCCUGCGUUGCAAUCUGUUGAUAACUCCACUUGCAAGCUGCAGUUUAUUGUCUUUCGAAAUGGGAAACUCUUUCCUUGCACAGGGAAUUCGUCAAAUCUCGCAGAUGAUGGGAAACGUAGGAGUGUUUCGACACCAGUUGCUUUCACCAAAUUAGAUGGGUGCAGCGGAGGGAGCUGGAGUCUCUCUCAGCCCGUUACCGUUGCCCUCCGGCACUUCGCGCUGGGUGUAGACCCAACUGCAGCCUAUUGGGAUUUUGACCUUCUAGAUGGACACGGGGGCUGGAGGGCAGAAGGGUGCCACAUAACGGGCUCUUUGGGCAAUACUACCACCAUUCAUUGUGCGCACCACAAUAACUUUGCAGUGCUAAUGGAUCUAAAGAAGGUGCUGUCUUUCCCGCCGUACCCGGGGGAGUUUCUGCACCCCGUUGUGUACGCAUGCACGGCUGUUAUGUUGUUGUGCCUGUUCGCGUCCAUCAUUACCUACAUCGUGCAUCACAGCGCAAUCCGCAUCAGCAGGAAGGGGUGGCACAUGCUUCUCAACUUCUGCUUCCACACGGCGCUGACCUUCGCCGUGUUCGCGGGCGGCAUCAACCGAGUCAAGUACCCUGUCAUCUGCCAAGCCGUUGGCAUCGUGCUGCACUACUCCUCUCUGUCCACCAUGCUGUGGCUGGGUGUGACAGCCCGCAACAUUUACAAACAGGUGACCAAGAAGCCCCCUCACGCACAGGAUGGAGACCCGCCCCCCAGCUCCAAACAGCCAUUGCUGAGAUUUUAUUUAGUCAGUGGUGGAGUGCCCUUCAUCAUCUGUGGAAUCACAGCUGCCACCAACAUUGACAACUAUGGCAGCGGAGAGCAAGCCCCUUACUGCUGGAUGGCGUGGGAGACGAGCCUGGGGGCCUUCUACGGCCCAGUGGCGUUCAUCGUCCUGGUGACCUGCGUCUACUUCCUGUGCAUCUACAUCCAGCUGAAGCACCACCCGGAGAGGAAGUACGAGCUGAAGCCCGUGACGGAGGAGCAGCAGAGGCUGGCCGCCGGGGAGGUGGGCCACUGCCACGCGGCCGACCCGGGGGCCCCGCCCCACUCACACUCUCGCGCCUCCUGCCCCGCCCUCAACCCCUCCCUGCUGGCCAACGAGCACUCCUUCAAGGCCCAGCUGCGGACGGCGGCCUUCACGCUCUUCCUCUUCCUGGCCACCUGGGCGUUCGGCGCCCUGGCCGUCUCGCAGGGCCACUUCCUGGACAUGAUCUUCAGCUGCCUGUACGGGGCCUUCUCCGUCACCCUGGGCCUGUUCGUGCUCAUCCACCACUGCGCCAAGCGCGACGACGUCUGGCACUGCUGGUGCGCCUGCUGCCCCGCUCGCCGCCACGCCUGCCAGGGCCCCGCCCACGGCCACGCCCGCCCCAAGGUCAACGUCAACGGGGACACCCAGCUGCAUACCCACGCCCACAGCCACUCCCACUGCCACCUGGACUCGCCCUGCCCGGGGAAGGCCCUGCUGGCGCACGGCCACGCCCCCUCGGCCCACUGCAAGCUGAGCGGCCUGCAGGCGGUGCAGAACCACGUGGCCUGCCUGUCUCCCGUGGCGCCCUGCUGCGCAGCCCUGCACAGCCAGCAGCUGCUGGACGACGAGCCGCACGUGCACCUGCACGCCGACGUGGACGGCUACCGGCCCAACGUGCACGUGCACCGCUGCCUGAAGGGCAGGACUAAGCCCCGGCACUUCGGCGGUCGGCACAGGCCCGGCGGCGGCGGCGGCGGUGAGCGGGAGUACGCCUACCACAUCCCCUCCAGCGUGGACGGGGGCAGCGUGCACAGCUCGCACACGGACAGCCCCCACAGCACGCACGAGAGACACGCCCGCCACCCGCCGCCCCGCGACGCCCACGGCUGCCACGCCCUCUGCCAUCGCCACGUGUGCUGCGGCAAGGCGGAGCUCUUCCCCACCGUGUGCCAGCCCGAGGGCGCCGACGCCGCCUCCGUCCUCUACGGCUGCGCCAAGAUGGCCGAGGAGGAGAUGGCGCACCGCGCCCACCUGGAGAUGCACCCGCGCAGACAGUCGUACCCCCAGAACCCGCCGCCCAAUCAGAACGGCAUCCUGAAGGGCAGCAUGCACGAGGGCUUCCUGUACAGCUCGGACAGUACCGGAAACAUCCGGACUGGGCCCUGGAGGAAUGAAACUACCGUGUAGUUCUGACCCGGCCGUGUGCCGGGACCCCGCCCCAAACAUCCUUUAAAGGAUAAACAAAAAAAAACAGCAUUUCAGUACUCAUGCUUUUUAUAAUUACGUCCACGUCUGUCUGAAAUAUUUUUUUACUGUACAGAUUUCACUUUUUUUUCCUUCUUUUUUUUGCCUCUGGCUCAACAAUGUGCUUCAGACAAACCAUUUAAUUUUCCCUUUUAGAACUUAAAGGAUGGAGAACACAUGCAUAAAGAAAUGACCUUUCAUUUAAAGUAUUUUUAUAACGACAUAAAUAUAAAUCUAUAUUAAGAGUGUGUGUGUGUGUGUGUGUGUCUGUGUGUGUGUCUGUGUGCCUGUGUGUAUCAUCCCAGAUAAAAGUAUUAAAAGACUGAGUUAAUUGAAAAGUAGAUUCACCCGUUCCUUGCAAAACGUAUGGCAUGCAUCCUCAGUACUCUUGAGAGAAGUCCGUGUAUGUACACAAGACCAACACACCAGCAAUUUAGAAUCACAUACUUUCAUUCUUCAAAUGAGCAUACUAUAUACUAUGAAAAGCAACUGAUAAUAUCUUCAUAACUAUACUAAAAGUACAUCUGCUUUUAUAGAGGCCAGCCAGGUAUGUCGAUCCCUGUUUUAAAAUGGCCUCUUGAUGCCUGUUCAGUGUCUGUCCAGUCAGCUGCAGCAGAAUAUCCCUCCUGUGAAUAUUGAUAUCUUGUCGUCUGAGAGACUCAUUUAGUGCCAUCACUGUUGAAUCAAUGGCGCUUGGGGUUGUGGUGCUAAGUGUCUGCCAUGUCAUGACAUUGUAUAUUGUGAUAGACAACGAACAGUGAAAUGUGGCGUCAGCAGACCACACCGAUGAAUAAAACAACUGUAGCCCUACCACUUGGUAUCCUGUCAAGGAGAGUGAGUGGUGCUGUGAUUUAAUCAGGCUAAACAUUGAUGAAUAAAACAACUGCAGUUCCCCUAAUCAACAGCUUCCUUACCUGGCAUAGGUGUGUGUUUGUGUGUGUGUGUGUGUGUGUGUGUGUGUGGAUAAAGUGAUAGAUGAAGACAGAGCCGAAUGACAUUCUUUUCUGUCCAAGUGAAGCGCAUGCAUCGCUUGUUGUGUGUGACUAUGUGACUGUGUUUUUUGCUGCCAGUUAAAGGCUAAGGUCCCACAAAAAUGAUGUCGUUAGAGGAAAAAAACAUAAAUUUCAUUGAAAACAUAUUCUCUGUAUUAAUGGAUUUUGGGUUAUUAAUUUAAUUUUUAAUUUAACUUUUCUCUAUGCCAUUACUGGGAAAGGGUGGUAAAUGUAUAGAAUUAUUUAUAUGGUAUCAUCCUGUGUGAAGAGAUAUGUGUCCUCAUUACCUGUGUGUGUGUGUGUGUGUGUGUGUGUGUGUGUGUUAAUUCAUAGUUCCUCACCUGACGAAUCCUCUCCCAACAUUCCAGCAGCGCUGCGGCAAUAUUAGCUGCUCCACCGUUAUGAUGACUUUUGUCCUUUUCGUUUUUGAGGCUCUGCUCUCACUAUGAGAAUGGACAGGAUAUCUGGACAAGAGCUCGCUCGCGUUGAGAGAAACGAGCGUUUGGGUUGGAAUGAGGGUACAGCAGGUGAGGGGCCUCUGGCCAAUCACGUCCUUGUAUUAAUCCUUGCCCAGCAUGGCUUCACCCUUAAACAUUCUUUACCGUGAUGUAUAUAGAAUUUACUCAAAUUAUAUUAUUUUGUAUUACAACAGCAAAGAUAUUUAAGAAAUAUUAAUAUAGAAUAAGAAAUGGGACAAGCCCGAAAUUGUGAUAUUACUGCUCAGUAUCUGAGUUAAAAUGUUUUUUUUUUCUUCUUUAUUUCUUGCUGUCAGUGUGUGAACAUGGCACACAUUGUGAAAUGUGUUUUCAUAUCCGGUAGUGAACGCACUACAAACUCUUUUGCCCCUCAGAUUAAAGAAAAAGAAAAAACAGUACACAACCUGCUUAGAAGAUGCCAAUGCCACUAGUCCUUUGCUUUCUUCGCGUCACUGUACAAUGACUGUCUUUAGAAACAGAAAUGGGAUUUCCGUGUUUGUGAAUUUCAUCCAUAUUUUCUCUCAUCAGUGGCUACACGGCUGAUCCUAGGUCAGUUUCUGUUGGCCAGUGAUGCCGUAACUCAGUUUCAAAGCCCUCCACCUCAAAACAAAGUUUCCACCUUUUUUACAUCAUCACGGAUUCCAAUAAAUGUAUUUUUCCACCAUGA